ACAGAGAAGAGUCUUGUAGUAUACUUGCCUCUUACCCUGAGAGAUUUUAAUCUGCUUUUGAACAUACAGUCACUUUGACAGUGUGUCUUCAGACAGCCACUCUAAAUGUAGUUUUAGAAGAUUAUUUACCGGUACAAGUGAGUUUAUAAAUACAUACUGAUAACUACAGCAGUAAACGACCAGGAUUACUGUAAAGAGAAGAAUGGAGAUGAGUGAGGAGAUGUAUGCAAAUGUGGAUGAAGCAGGUGAUAAUAGAGCUAAUUCCAGUGACAGCGAGCAAUCAUAUGAAGAUGUUUAUGUGAAUGAGGACAAUUUGCAGACCCAGAGGGCCAAAAGCUUCAAGCAGUCUGAGAGUCCAGGGGAGAAAUGUUCCAGACUGACUACAGUGUGUUUGCUGCUGCUGUGUUUUCUACUGCUGACUGCCAUCACAGUGCUGUGGAUCAAAUUAAGCAUCCUUAAUACAGAAAAAGCCAAGCUGGAGACCAGUCACAACAACGUGAUUAAAGAGAAAGACCAGUUACAGACCAGUUACAGCAACCUGACUAAAGAGAGAGAUCAGUUACAGACCAGUUACAGCAACCUGACUAAAGAGAGAGACCAGUUACAGACCAGUUACAGCAACCUGACUAAAGAGAGAGAUCAGUUACAGACCAGUUACAGCAACCUGACUAAAGAGAGAGACCAGUUACAGACCAGUUACAGCAACCUGACUAAAGAGAGAGACCAGUUACAUAAGCAAAUCAUUGGAUUUCAGACUUCAAGUUCACUUUACAGUGAGGGAUGGCGAUGUUUCGGCUUUCAUAUUUACUACAUCUCAACUGAGACGAAGGACUGGAGUGAGAGCAGGCAGGACUGUAGUCGGAGAGGAGCAGACCUGGUGAUCAUAAACAGCAAAGAGGAACAAGAGUUCCUUGCUAAAAUGCUGGACAGCAAACGGGCUUGGAUUGGUCUGAGUGACAGAGACGAAGAGGGGGUGUGGAAAUGGGUGGAUGGUACACCAUUGACCACUGCGUUUUGGCGUAGCGGGGAACCGAAUGAUUCAGGAGGUGAUGAGGACUGUGCUGAGAUUUCAGACAGCCAAGAAUAUAAGAUCUUGAAUGAUAUGCCAUGUUCAGCUAAUUUAAUAUUUGUCUGUGAAAAAGUUUUGAUUACUGUAAAGAGAAGAAUGGAGAUGAGUGAGGAGAUUUAUGCAAAUGUAGAUGAAGCAGGUAAUAAUAGAGCUGAUUCCAGUGACAGCGAGCAAUCAUAUGAAGAUGUUUAUUUGAAUGAGGACAAUUUGCAGACCCAGAGGGCCAAAAGCUCCAAGCAGUCUGAGAGUCCAGGGGAGAAAUGUUACAGACUGACUACAGUGUGUUUGCUGCUGAUGUGUUUUCUCCUGCUGACUGCCAUCACAGUGCUGUGGAUCAAAUUAAGCAUCCUUAAUACAGAAAAAGCCAAGCUGGAGACCAGUCACAACAACUUGACUAAAGAGAAAGACCAGUUACAGACCAGUUACAGCAACCUGACUAAAGAGAGAGAUCAGUUACAGACCAGUUACAGCUACCUGACUAAAGAGAGAGAUCAGUUACAGUCCAGUUACAGCAACCUGGCUAAAGAGAGAGACCAGUUACAUAAGCAAAUCAAUGGAUUUCAGACUUUAAGUUCACUUUACAGUGAGGGAUGGCGAUAUUUCGGCUUUCAUAUUUACUACAUCUCAACUGAGACGAAGGACUGGAGUAGGAGCAGGCAGGACUGUAUUCGGAGAGGAGCAGACCUGGUGAUCAUAAACAGCAAAGAGGAACAGGAGUUCCUUGCUAAAAUGCUGGGCAGCAAACGGGCUUGGAUUGGUCUGAGUGACAGAGACGAAGAGGGGGUGUGGAAAUGGGUGGAUGGUACACGACUGACCACUGCGUUUUGGCGUAGCGGGGAACCGAAUGAUUCAGGAGGUGAUGAGGACUGUGCUGAGAUUUCAGACAGCCAAGAAUAUAAGAUCUGGAAUGAUAUGCCAUGUUCAGCUAAUAUAAUAUUUGUCUGUGAAAAAGUUUUCUAAUUAAAUAGGUAUAGUGAAAUGACACAUUAUCACAAAUCAAACAAAGUUCAUUUUUUAAAUAGUCCGAAGUCUAUAAAAUACAGAUUAUAUAUUCAUGUGAAAAAAUUAGAACACCUCAUGAAACAUAUGAACAUAGUUGAACAUAUCCACAUUUGUUCUUUAUUUUAACAAUAGUGGAAGAUUCAAGUAAUAUAACUAAACUAAUAAAAGCAAAGAAAAGUCUUUUUAACCGAUCUGUAAAAUGUAAUUAAAAAUAUUUUUUUGUGAGGAAAAAGUAAGUACACCCCCACAUUUAUUUGUAGUUAAAAGUGGUAAAAUUUCCUACAGGUGAAUCACAUCAGGUGUAAAUUAUUAGAACAUUUUUACAGAGCAUUUUGAAGAUGGCUUGUCUUAUUUGAACCUCAGAUAUGUGGUUUGGUUUGCUCUUAAUUGUUGAAGUGAGAGGUUUCAGCAUGGUGAGAUCUAAAGAGCUCUCUGAGGCCAUCAGAAAGAAUAUUGUUGAUGCUUAUGAGUCUGGUAUGGGAUAUAAAAAUAUCUCAAAAGAAUUUGUAAUCAGCCAUUCCACUGGCCGGAAAUCAUUUACAAGUGGAGAACAUUUAAAACAACAUGGCCAGGUCAGGACAUCCAACCAACACUAACUAGUUAGGGUGUCCUAACUUUUUCCUUAAUUGAACAACUAAUUUUUGUUCAUUAAUUAAUUAAUUAAUUAAUUUAUUUAUUUAUUGUUUACAUUCAAUGACAUCACUUUCAUUUACAGGUACAAAUUAAAACUAGAUCAGAAAUUGGCAUGUUUACCUUUCCUAAUAAAGAACUGAAAAGUUAAUGGGGUGUCCUAAUUUUUUCACAUGACUAUAGCUGUAACCGAAGUAGCCACGGUUGUUGCAUUCUCAGGCCUUAUUAUGUAAAACUGUACAGAUCUACAAGGAACUUCUACUUACAAGUUUAUUAUUUAAGGGAGUGAUCCAGGGGAGGUUGUAGGAUUUCAGCUAUAGGGGGGCUUCUUUUUUAAAACAAGAAGAGUAUGUGUAUGUGUGCAUUCUCUACGAACAGUGUGUCCAAUGAAUGCAGUCAUUAAUAAAAAAAUAUUCACAAGACAAAGACCAAAUCAA